UGGGCGUCUCGUGACGUCAUUGAGCUUUAGGGAAGCGCCCGCACGUGCGGUCCUCUCUCGGCCCCCCGCCCCUGGGUCCUCUUGUCACUGGCCAUGGGUCGCUCCCGCCGCACAGGCGCGCACCGAGCGCACUCCUUAGCCCGCCAGAUGAAGGCUAAGCGGCGGCGACUCGACCUGGAUGAGAUUCACCGCGAGCUGCGGCCCCAGGGUCCAGCACGGCCCAAGCCCGACCCCGACGCAGAGCCCGACCCCGACCUGCCAGGGGGCGGCCUGCAUCGCUGUCUGGCCUGCGGGAGGUACUUUGUCGAUUCCGCCAACCUGAAGACCCACUUCCGAUCCAAGGACCACAAGAAAAGGCUGAAGCAGCUGAGCAUCGAGCCCUACAGUCAGGAAGAGGCAGAGAGGGCAGCGGGCAUGGGUUCCUAUGUGCCACCCCAGCGACUGGCAGUGCCCACAGAAGUGUCCACUGAAAUUCCUGAGAUGGACACGUCUGCAUGACAAAAGCUGAGGAUUCAGGGCAGAGGAGCUAUCCAUGGACAGUGGGGCAAGGGCUAGGCCGGGAAAGAGUGUGCCAACCUCUUUGGGUUCUGGGUUUGGGGAGUAGAUGGCUUCUUUUAGGUGCCUACUCCCCAAUAAAGCAACUGGAUAAAGAACUUACCUCUGACUCUAACUUCCAGGCCACCGCUGGCUGCAGACUCCUGCCCUAUUUGGAUUUCUCAGCUACUUUCUGUGUACAAGGCCCAGGUGUCUACGCCCUACCUGGUCCAGCUUUGGAACCUACAUCUCUGCUCUCCUUCUGGGGCUUAGCAUCUCACCUUGACCUCCAGAUGCAGUGUUAAAUGGGGGUGUAGGAUAAGAUUGACUUUAUUCUGCUUCCAAUGAAGGCAAGGACCUAUUCCUAGAAAAGGAAUUUUUGAGAUUGCAGUCCCCUCCUGAGUCACCUACCUCCAAAGCCCCGGUGAGAGGUGGCCCGUUUCGUCAUGGAUCCUGUGCUGGUGGCUGCUGUUGCCCCACCAUCUUCCAGACAGCAUAGCAGGAACUGCCCAGCCCGAGAACAGCCAGCACUGUAGCCACAACCCCAGCCAGCGGACUCCGGGGCUCUGCCUUCAGCUUCCCCGCCACCUGCAUCUAGGGGUGCACAGAAGUGCACCUAAGGGGUUAGUUGAGAUUUCUAGGCAGGCAGAAGCAGAGAAGGUGCAGCUGAGUGAAGGAGAUAUGGGCGCCAUCGCUGCCCCAGGGAGAUUCCACCCCAAUCUCUUUCGCUUCACUGCCCAUCUGGGCUCUGGCUAGUCAGGCGGCAGGGAACGUGACAGCCUGGCUGUUGGGGGUAUCAAAGAGAACUAUUGGGAGAAAGGGGUCAAUGGUGCCAGAAACCAUCAGUUAGGGGUACUUACCUGUAGCACCCGGAAGUAGCCAGGGGUCAGGCGUCGAAAUCGCAUGGUGGGGGCUAUUGGUCUCCCAGGUGGCCUGUGGGGUGCUAGCAGAUAUGAAGAUCAGUGGUGUUCAUGGUACCAAGAAAUAGCAAUCAGGGCACAAGGGUCUCUGACCUCUCAUAUGCACAAAAGCCAUGCUCUCAGAGGAUGCUCACCCGUGGCUGGACUGCCCAGAUCUGGCAAGGGGAGGGACCGCUGGAUUUUUAAAUCUGGUCCCUUCCCCCGCUGACUGCCAUCCUGCCAGCCUUAGGAGCAGCUGUCAGGAGAGAUCAGCAUCAGGCCUGAGCAGCACCUCCCCCAUUCACCAGGGAGGCCAGGCCCGUUAGGCAGGAGUGGCCUUAGCUGGCAAUGCUCAGGAAUCUCAGGCAUGGACUAGGUACUGGGCGGGUCCCCCUCAACUCUGGUCCAGGCCCUAUCCCUACCUCAGAUAAUUGGAUGCCACCAAUCAGGAGCAACAGGGUACAUUAUUAGUCUUCCUUUCAACAGCAGUACAUCUUUUCUCUUUAGUUUCUAUAAACCAUUUCUUCCUUGAAGGAGGGCACAUCACCUCUUUCUUUGAGACAGAGUUCCUGCAAGGAUUUCCCUACCCUUAGCUUGGGGACAAUAAUAAAAAGAUCUGCAUAUAUUGACUAAGCUGUGUUGUGUUAAAAAAUAGUAAACUGAGGCAUGGUAAUCCAUGCCUGUAAUCCUAGAGACUCGGGAGGCUGAGGCAGGAAGAUCUUAAGUUUA